AGUCAACACACCAUUCUGAUUCUCAGUUGGGUUCAGCUUGCCGACUUCUCCGCCAAGAUGGCGUCGAACAUAUUUACUCCAAGAGUAAUAAAGAGUCCCCAGAACGUUCAAUUAAGUUUCGAACUACCGCACCGAAUACACACUGCGAAGAUCUACCCUUUACAAUCUUCUAAUGGCUCCACUGUCAUCCUCUAUGGACACGAAAAUGGAGUGAAAAUUGUUUGGAGAGGUGGCAGACCAUUCAAGUCUAAACAACCUACCCCAGCACCUUCGCAGAAAGCAAACGGCGGAGGAGCUAUCAUAUCCCUCGAUUCUGAUGAUGAAGGCGACUCCUCUAGAACAUUCGACGAUAAACCCGAGUUUGAGGACGAAGAAGAAGAGCUGAAUCCUUUACGGCCAUAUCCAUCCACAUUACAGGUGCUGGAUCUUUGCUUUAACACCGAUGUCCUCCACCUUGCGGUCUUACCCUCUUCGGUCCUGCGAGCAGAUGGGCCAUCAUGGCGUGGACUGGAAUCACUUAAGCAAAGACUAGUCUUCACUGCAGCAUGUGCCGAUAAUACUGUUCGUCUCGUCACCCUACCACUGACACCACCGUCGCCGGCAAGCAAAGCACGUUCUGAGCUCCGGAACGACUUCACAUCGGCCAGCGCUGGCAAAGGAAAAUGGGGCGAGACUGUGACAUUUCUAAGUGGUCAUCAGAAACCCUCUGAUGGAAUCUCAAUGACGGCGGAUCCUGUUGGCGGACCAGGCACUUUGGUGAAGUCUGCCUCGCCACAGUCCUCUACAGAACCGCAUCUGGUUGUCGCAUCACAUUCUCGAGAAGUGACAGGACUUCUGCGCCUUUAUCAGAUUCCCAUAAAAUCACAACAGAGCCAUAUAGAGCCUUUUCAGUCAAUAUACCUCUCGGCUCCAGCCAAAGCCAUCUCGUUCAAUCCAGCGCUUUCAGGUGAAUAUUCGAGUCGAUUGCUGGUUGCAGAUUCAGUUGGAGCAUGUAGGAUAUACGACUACAAGCUUCUUAUAAAGACAGCUGAAGAGGCAUCCGAGAUACCACUCGCCGAGCAGGGUACCUGGCUUUUAUCACUCUAUACUGGCUUCCCAAAAAGCGAUUCACAAACAUCACACACUGGCGCACACGCAGGCUUUGGUCGUAAAUCGAUAGUCGAUGCACAGUGGGUCUCUGGUGGAAAGGCUAUUCUUGUUCUUAUGGCGGAUGGAGAAUGGGCGAUUUGGGAUGUGGAAGGAUCAGGGCCGAACGCAUCGCAAGGUAUUCUUGGCCGACAAGGUGUCAAGGGCGGGUCCAAGUCAGGAUACAGUCUCACAGGAUACCUCGAUGGUGCAAUGAAGUCACGCUCUUCAGGGCCACCCCAGAUGUCUACCUCUAAAUUUGCGCCCAUGACGCCUGGUACUCGCAAAACAGCCGAACCGUUUAGUGGGCGGAGUUCAGAUGUAUCAAUUUGUGGUCAAAUUUCAGUCAUGGAUAUGCCUGUCUCUUCACCAACUAGUCCUCCUGAAGAGUCGAUCCUGUUUUGGUUUGGAGAAACAUACGCUGUGAUUCCUAGCCUGGCGAAGUACUGGUCGGCACACAAGAAUGGUGGUUCGGGCAAUCUCUUCACUGGACCAUCCGGUGCUCGAAUGAUCAAGAUUGAGAACAUCGACCUACAAGGCGAGCGUUGCUCAGGCGUUGAACAGAUACCAAGAAACGCUCCAUCCUCUAGCCUUGCAACAGAUAUCCUAGUUCUGGCCGAACAUCGCUUCACGAUAUUGACGACAGGCAAGCAAUCGAAGCCAAGUACAGUUCCUAAGCCAGAAACUCGACUGGUCCUGGCAGAGAAGGCGACCAAUGGUGGAGAGCUAGAUGUCAUCGGCAUUGAACAAGCAUUGACGAGAAUGGAGAACAGUGCAUCGAGGAGGAAGCUCUUCUAAUUAUGAUAGGAUGCGACGUGUUGCUUACGAUGUACAAUGAUACCCAAAAAUGAAAGGCGACUACCAGCUAGCGCCAUUGUCC